AUGAAGGUUACCGCCCUAAGUCUCGUCGCUCUUGCGACCGCCGUUUUUGCCGGAACUCUGGACAGCUCCUUGGACAAGAGGGCCUGCACUCCUACCACCUGCCACUGCAAUGGCAUUCAGGGACAGUUCUGCGGCUAUGAUGACCCCGCCAACCCCGGUUGCAAGACCGGGUACGUUUAUGAAUGCCAGGCGGGUACCGGUAACGCUUGCUCUUAUGGCCCUCGGAACUCGUGCCAGCAGUGCGGUGAACUUCAGUGUUAA